AUGUCCAGGACGAUCCCCAAGCUACUCAUCGUAGGAGGGAACGGAUUCGUCGGAUCGUCGGUCGCCAAAGCGGCUGUCGCCCGAGGAUGGAACGUCGUGUCCCUCUCGCGAUCGGGUAAUCCGUUCGUCACACCUGCGGGGCAUGAGCCGACUUGGGCCAGCAAGGUCAGCUUUACGACUGUCCACAGGUCGUUUGCGAGACGACGUCGACCUUCCUUUCAGCUGAUGGGUCGUCGCAUUGGACAGGUCGAAUGGAGAGCAGGAACGCCGUUCGAUCCGUCGACGUACGCAAGCCUGCUGCCAUCUUGCACAGCCGUCGUAUCCACGCUGGGGACACUGCUCGAGACGAACUACAAGGAAAACGGACAGGCAAACCCGUUCGGUGUCUUGAGGGGAAUAGUCGACAAUGUCUUGGGCUCACGCGGGAACCCACUUGCGAAAGGCGCGAAUGAACGCAGUUACGAGAGGAUCAAUCGCGAUGCGGGUCAGUUCACGGUCCAUAUCCUCGCGAUGGACCACCACACAAGGCUGACGUCUUCAUUUGUUUCGAUUUAGCCGUCACCAUGGCCUCGGCCUUUGUCAACUCCUCUCCUCCAUCCAGCUCCCCCGCCCGCCGUUCUCCCUUCGUCUACAUUUCCGCCGAGGACAUCUUCCGUCCCUUCGUUCCCUCACGCUACAUUUCCACAAAGCGUCAGGCCGAAUCCCUCAUCAGUUCCCUCUCCCAACCUUCAACAUCAACCUACGAAGCAGCAGCCGAAUUACCCCCUUCCGCAAAUAGGCGCUCGACUCGGGUCUUGCGCCCAAUCUUCAUUCGCCCUUCGUUGAUUUAUCAUCCUCAUUUGGCGCCGGCGACGACGUUACCUGCGACCUUGUUCGAAGCGACGAGUAAGAUCCAUCGAAUGAUACCGCCGCCUUUGAGAUUCGACACGCUCUUCGCUGCAGGUCCGGAUGCGAGAUCGCCGCUCCAAGCACAUCGUUGGGAUGCGCAAGGGGACGAGUUACCUUCAGCUUUCCAAUCUAUGGCGAGUCUAUUCGCGAUCCCGCCUAUUCAUGUCGAUGCGGUUGGUCAAGCUGUGCUGCGAAGUAUAGAGGACGAGGGCGUCGAAGGUGUGGUGGAUGUGGAGAGGAUGAGGAACAUGCUCGGGUUUGAUUGA